AUGUACAACAAUAUACAUAAUAAACGUGAUGGUCUUUCGUUUCAUUUAGAUAUGGCUGCUACUACUGUUCUAAAUAAAAAUGAAAUAAGCAAGAAGUUAAGCCCACGAGCAGCAUUUGUUCAUAAAACUUUAUCUGAAGACUAUCCUGGCCUCGAUUAUCUCGGUAUGAAUAGCGUAUUAACUGCGAAACAUCGCUGGUUGAUCAAGGAAUAUAUCGAACGUCCAACUUCCACUCGUAUUGUAUUAAAAUCGGUGGAAAAGCUGUUGUUACCACAAGUUACUAUUUGCCCAACAACUCCAAUGACUGUUGAUGUUGCACGCCUUAUGUUUGUUAUGCGAUCGAAUCCACAAUUUAGAAAUCUGGAAAACAAGACUAUGGUGGAUUUUACAUAUUUUAUGUUAGCGGGAAGCGGUUUCCAGAAGAUGGAUAUGUUAAUUGCGAGGUGGAAUGAAAGUUAUAUAAAUUUUUUAACUGCAAUUUAUGAUACCAUGCGGAAUGAAUUGGAUACAAGAACCUUUUUCUAUAGGAUUUUCAUACCUGCUUAUACUAUUCGAAGAGGGAAAUGCUUUAAAACGGUCCAAUCAUUGUACCAAACAAAUCAAGAUGAACUUGGAAAAUUCAGGCUUCAAAUUAGAUUGCCAAAAGUAAUGGACGUGAUUCCUAAACAAGACCAAAUCUUGCUUUUCAUUGGCGAGGCAAAGCCAGAGAUCGAACCUUAUCCUCGUUAUUACCUAUAUUUUCAACAGUAUGCUAAAGUGCGAUUAGCAGCACGCCAAUUAAAUCUUUUGCCGGGAACGGAGCAUUGUAGCAAUGAAUAUGCGAACGUUGGUACUGCUACGUGUUAUCUAAUCAAGUGGAUAGUUGAUAAUUUGGAAAAGCCGUUCAAUUGUACUUAUCCAUAUAUGGAUAAAAUUAGGAAUACAAGUUUACCCAGUUGCGAUGCAGAAAUAAUUGUCAAAAAUUAUAAAAAGACGGUAAACGCGGAAGGAAACAAUAUUCACGAGUGCAUAUUGUCGUGUAAACGAUGGCAAUAUUUCGUCGAUCUAGAUCGAACUCUAGGACCAUCGAAAGAAGAUUCUGGAGGCUUGGAAGAUUAUAAAUUCAGAGUCGACUUAUCUUAUGAUAAUUUACAAUAUGAACAACUUUCUGAAAUUUACAUAUUAACAGCAUUCGGUUUACUCGCACAAAUUGGUGGACAGCUUUCAUUGUUUCUUGGUACUUCUAUCUUGGGGCUGAUUCAAGUUACUCUUAUGGUAACUAUUUUGUGCAAACGAACAUUGAAAAGAGCCUUCCAUCCAGACUCGUAUGAAGCAAGAAUAGGCGCUUAUAAUCCUGGUUUAAUUUUUCCUCAAGGAGAAACUCCUAAUAAUGUUUCAUACAUAAAUAUUCAGAACAGUCGCAGAAGCUCGUUUGAACCGAAUACAAAAAAUCUCUCAAAGAACGAACAAAACCGAAAAGAAACCUUAAUCACUUGA